GAGAGCAGGAGCGCCAGGCAUGGGGCACGCGGGGCGUCAGUUCCAAGCCCUGCUCUGGAAGAAUUGGCUCUGCAGACUCAGGCAUCCGGUCCUUUCCCUUGCUGAAUUCUUCUGGCCAUGUCUCCUGUUCUUGAUUCUGACAGUACUUCGUUUUCAAGAACCUCCCAGACACAGAGACAGUUGUUACUUGCAGCCUCGGGAUCUGCCCAGCCGGGGCGUUCUCCCCUUCGUCCAAGGCCUUCUUUGCAACACUGGGUCAAGGUGCAGGAAUUUCAGCUAUGCAGAUUCGAUGGAGCAUCGUUUUCGUUUGUCUAGGCUCCAAACUGCAGCUGACCACAGAAAAAUCAACAACCUGAUCUUUUUCCAAGAGAUACAGGACCUGGCCGAGGAAAUUUAUGGAAUGAUGGACAAGGCAAAAAACUUACAAAAACUUUGGGUACAACGAUCCAAGCCUCCAGAUUCUUCUUAUGGUUCCAGUUUUUUAACAAUGAAUCUCAAUAAGACUGAAGAUGUCAUAUUAAAAUUGGAAAGCCUCCAUCAGCAGCCUCAUUUCUGGGAUUUUCUACUUUCGCUGCCUAGACUGCACACAAACAUUGUUCAUGUGGAAGACGGCAUGCGUGCUAUAGUUCACUUUCUCCAGGCGGUUUUGAAUUCCUUAACAUCCCUGGAAGAUUUAGAUUGGCUGCCACUCAACCCAAUUUUCUCCCAGGUUUCUGAAGUUGUACUGAAUGUGACAAUCUCCAUGUUAAAAUUCCUGCCACGUCAUGGAGUAGCAGACACUGCGUUUGCAUACCACCUGUCCCUGCAGAAUGUGGUACGGAAUCCACAGAAAGUCCAGUCUGAUCUGAAAUACCGAUUUGGUUUGGAUGAUCUUCACAUGGAGCAAAUCCUGAAUUAUUCAGCAGAACUAAAGGGGAUUCCCACAGAUAGCUCAUUGGAUGGGAUGGUGUGUUCAGUCUUGUCCAACACAUCAGAGGACAAAGCUGAGAAUGAGGGACACCAUGGAGACUGUCACCCCAAGUGGUCAGAAGUGAAAAAUUAUCUUGUCCAUGAGAUCAGCUGGCUGCAGGUCUACCAACAGAUGUUUAAUCAGUGGGCAGAGAAGGUCCUGCUUCACCAGAUACUCACGGGCAUGGGCCACAGCCUGGAGUCUCUCAGAGAUGCGUUUGCAGAAGAGAGCACGCCGUGGAAGGUGGUGGAAGCUUUGCAUACUGGGCUUCUCUUCUUGAAUGACAGCUUGGCAGCAGAUGGCCCAAGAGACAAUCACAUAUUUCCAAAGAUAUUACGACAUCUGCGGAAAUUGCAAAGCGUGCUGCACAAUCUGCCCCAGUGGCCGGCUAUGAAGAGAUUGCUUCAACUUGAUGGUGCUCUCAGGAAUUCAAUAGCUCAGAAUUUACAUUUUGUCCAAGAAAUCCUUUUUCACAUGGAGACAUCAGCUAAUGGUUCCAAAUGGGUUGGACUUGACCAAUUGAAACUGGAAAAGGACAUGUUUUUCUGGGAGUUAAUGCAGAUGUUGAAGAAGAAUGCUACUACUUUCUGCCUGAGGGACCACUUGUCUGAGAAGGUGGGCAUCCUACCCCCUAGAAACUCUGGCAUCUGGGAUGACCUCAGGGAACUGUUAUGCCAUCCUAACUCCUCCACCGAGACCAGUGUUUUAAACAAGCUUCUCAAUUCAGUAGAGGCUGCUGAACAUAUUUUGCAAGAGGUCAUUACUGGGCACACAGAUAUGCCAGUUUUAAUACCUGAAGAAGUUUUGGACUGGCGGGAAGUGGGGACACAGCUGUCAGAAGCCAGCUUUUCCUGUACUCGGCUCUUCCAGCGGCUGGGAGCUAAUGCCUCAUCCGGGAGUGGUAUCUUUUCUGGUGACUGUAAACACCAACUUGCCUCUGCAGUGAUAUUUCAUACACUUGAAAAAGCACAGUUUUUCCUGGAACAAACAUAUUACUGGAACGCCUUCACAGGGUUUAUCAGGAAGACUUGUGAAGUGGCUCGAUACGUAAAUAUGCAUGAGCGUUUCCACAGCAGUCGAUCUGCUUUCCCUGAGGAAUCUUGUUAUGAAGAAAACAUGGAUUGGAAAAUCAUCAGUGAUAAUUAUUUUGCAUUUUUGAAUCACUUACUGAAGUCUCCGGUAACUUCCAUAUCCAGGGCCUUACAUUUCACAAAGCACCUUCUAAUGAUGGAAAAGACAUUGCAUACCCUUGAGGAUGAACAAAUGAACUUUUUUUCAUCAUUUGUGGAAUUUUGGGGGAAAUUAUCAUCUGAUCCUUUUGACUCAUCCAGUGUUCCUAAAUUUCAUAACCUUCCAUCCCUCAUCGAGAAUAUUCUGAAUAUAAGUAUUUUGUGGGUAAAUAAUUUACAAAGCUUGGAGAGAGAUCCAUCUGUUGUUGGUGCUCAGAAACUUUUGGAAUUUGGCAGAGAUGUGACUGGAAAAGUGCAAACUCUUGAAAGUCGCUGGGUAAUGAAUAAAUCAAAUAUUUUGAGAUUAAUGGAAUCAAUGCUUUUUGAAAUUAAUCCCAAACUACUAGAAUUAUGGCUUUCUGACAUUUCAGAAGGAGAAAGAGCUAAAUUGAAAAACCUGUCUACGCUUUUUCAUUUUUCUGUUCCAGAAAACAAGAUUCUUACUGAAAGUUUUAACUUUUCCCAGUUGUUCCAUUCAGAUUGGCCUAAAUCACCAACUGUGAACGCAGAUUUUAUACAUUUAAGUGAAACUAUAAUAAGUAGUCUUUAUGAGUUUAGACUUCUGAAGCAGGAACAAGUCUCAGAAGCUUUGGACACAGUCUAUGCUAUAAGCAACGUAUCUGAUCUUUUUUCAUCCCUUUCUGAACCUCAAAAACAAGAAGUUGAUAAAAUUUUGACUCAUAUAUACCUAAAUGUCUUCAAGGACAAGGAUUCAACUUUACUUCUGCAAAUGUAUUCUUCAUUUUACCAAUAUAUUUAUGAAUUCGUGAACAUUCAAAGUAGACGGUCUUUACUAACUUUCCUUACACAAAUCUCAAAACACAUUUUGGAUAUUAUAAAGCAAUUUAAUUUCCAAAACACCCGUAAAGCAUUUGCAUUUUUAUCUGAGACAGCAGAGGUUCUUGGGGGAAUUUCUAACAUGUCUUAUUGUCAGCAAUUGCUUUCAGUCUUUAACUUUUUGGAGCAUCAAGCCCUAUACCUGACCUCUACAGAGGGCCAAGAACUGGAAGUGAUUCAUGAAACUUUGACAGGCCUCAAACAGCUGCUUACAGUAGAUGAAGAUUUUCGCAUUUCUUUAUUUCAAUAUAUGAGUCAACUCUUCAAUGUCUCAGUCGAAGCGCUGUUGGAUAAGGAAUGCUCUGUUUUGGAUAAUAAACACAUUUCUUCUGUGAAUUAUUCAACAGAUGAGGGAAUUACAUUUAUUCUUCCAUGGGCACGAAUUUUUUCAAAUCUCUCAGCAAAUGUCAGUAUAUCCAAAGAAUUUAUGGCCAUUCAUUGUACCAUUUCAUGGCUUCAAAUGUGGACUGAAAUCUGUGGAAGCAUAUCUCAAAUAUUUCAGUUUGAUAGGAAUAUUUUCACUUCUCUUCAUGUUGGUCUCAGUCAGCUUUUGACUGAGUUGGAAAACGAUGUGAAAACUUCUAAAAGCUGCCAGGGAAUUUUUCCCACCCAUCAUGUUGCUAGACUCAUAUUAAAUUUGUUUGAAAAUGUAACUCAAGCCAGUGACUUUCAUGAUUGGGAUGACUUCCUGGAUCUCAGGGACCUUUUAGUAGCAUUAGGAAAUGUAUUCAUUACAGCGAAAUCACUUAACCUGAAGCAAGUGGAAAAAUCCCUUUUCACCAUGGAAAACACUCUGCAUCAGCUGAAGACAUUUUCACUAAACACAAAUACAAGCAGAAAGUUUUUAAAUUAUCUGCUUGAAGUUAUCAUUGAGUCCAGCAAUACCUCAGAGUAUAUGGGUAGAAAUGUAGAUUUAAUAAAUCACUUUCUUUUGAAUAAUCUUACAAAUUAUGGAUCAAAAUUUGAAAGCAUCAUCUCUGAGCUAAGAGAAACAGUAUUAUUUCUUAGAAAUAUGUCACAUAAUCAAAAUUUGUUGUCCUGUGUUGAUAUUUUUCACAACUUUACUGAGCUUAUUUUAGAAGAUGGCUUAUAUGUAAACACCUCACAGAGUACACUACGUAUUUUGGCCAUGUUAAAUUCCACAUUUUCCUCUGAGAACACAGGUAGCAUAUUGAAAGAAUGCAUUGCAUGCGUAGAUGUCAUAAACCAUCUGUAUGUGAUGUAUAACUCAAGUCUUUCACAAAGUCAUCUUCAGAGUAUUUGGGGAAGUUUCAGAGAUGUAGAAAACAAAAUGAACUCUAUAUUGAAAAUUGUAAUUUGGGUAUUAAAUAUAAAGGAACCUUUUUGUUCACUGAAUGAGUCAAAUACAAAUUGUGUAAAUGUUUACUUGAAAGAUGUAACUGACUUUCUAAAUAUUGUACUUACUACAAUCUUUGAAAAAGAAAAGGUACCAAAAUUUGAGAUUUUAUUAGCCCUUUUAAAUGAUUCCACAAAGCAAGUAAGAAUGAUUAUCAACAACUUAACAAGUGGCUUUGAUUUUGCAUCUCAACUUAACUGGAAACAUUUUACUGAAUUAAUUCUAAGACCCAUAGAAACGUCAGAUGAAAUUCCUGACCAGUUUCAAAAUAUUUGGCUGUAUUUAAUAGCACUGGGAAAAGAAUUUCAGAAACUUGUAAAAGAUAUUUCCCCUAACGUCUUAAAAAACAAUUCCUCUUCUAAAACUGAAAAGUCUUUUAGUAUAUUUACCACUAGCCCAAAGGAAAAGGAUGUAAACAGUUUAGGCAGGUCAAUUUAUUAUUUAGCACGUUACCUUACCCUCAAUUUACCUCAUGAUCUCCAAAACUCACCAGAAAUAAUUCUGCGUGAAACAAUGAAAGCUGGGAGUCUUGGUAUUCAACUGCUUAGAGAUGUGUUCAACUCCUUAAUGCCUCAAGUUUAUCACAACAUUUCACAAGAUGCAGGUCAUACUCAAGUUUUGAAGAAGGUCAUUUCUCUCAUGCAUACUUUCAAGAAGGCUGAUGUAGACCUUUUAGUACAUCAGGUUGAACAGCUUAGUGCAAGCCUAAUAGAUUUCUUUAAUAAUAUCAGUAGAGUAGACACUGGCAACUUAGGGGUCAACUUGUUUGUUGGCUUGAUGGAGAAAUUUGUAGACAGCUCACGUUCUUGGAAUGUCAAUCACCUGCUGCGGCUCUCGCAGCUGUUUCCUAAAGAGGAUAUGGACACUGUGGUGGAUUUGUACUAUGUGCUUCCUCAUGCUGUAAGGCUCAUGCAGAGAGUGCUUGAAACAAACAUCACUGAAGGCCUCAGGGAUGUCUACGACUUCACACUCUUUCAUGGCAUAAGGAUUUCAAAGGUCACCAAGGAAGACUUUGCUGUCAUGAUAAAAACUCUUUUGGAUAUCAUCGCAUUAUUAUCAGACAAACCAGGUGUUGUUUCAGAGGCUUUAACUUGCCUUCCUGUGAUUUGGUGCUGGAAUCAUACAACUUCUGGAUUUCAGGAGAAUCCAGCAUUAGGGGUCUGUAGUGUCCGUGGGCUCAUGUCGUCUUCCUUUUAUAGCAAAGUGGCCAUUAUACUUAACCACCUCCACCUGACUCCCCCAGGUGACACUUCACAAUGUUCCAAUGAAAGCUCCCAAAUGAAAAUAACUAGGAAAGUUGUCUGUGUAAUUCACGAAUUAGUGGACUGGACUACGAUUCUUCUAGAGCUGUCUGAAGUCUUUCACAUGAAAACUGCACUUGUGAAAACUGUGCGAGAAUUUUGGCACAAGAUAUUACCAUUUGUUCUACCUUCUGGAAAUCAAAGUAAUGACAACGUCACUGAACUUUGUCCUAGUGGUCCCAUUAAGCAAGUUGCCUUGAAAAUCAUAGAAGAACUAAAAAAAUUCAAUGUCAAUUUUACAAACGUUAUAUCAGGUGAAAAUGUUCUUGACAAACUAGCUAGCUUAAACAACAUCUUUAACAUUGAUGAAGGUACAGAGACAUCUAUUCAAAAUACUAUUUUCUUAAAUUUGGAAAGAAUAAUAAAACUGAUUUCUGGAAAUUGGAGCCUAGAAAAUAGUACUCAUCAUCUAUUUUCUUCACUCAUGAUGAUUCUUAAUGCAAAUCUCACAGAGAGUAGUGUAGAGGGAAAAAGCGAAGCAACUUACAACUUUGAAAAACUGUGGCUUGAGUUUGAACAAACCUCCAAAGACCCAACCCAUGACAUUAGAAGUGGGCACCUAUUCUCUAAGAUGAACAAAGAAAUCCAAAGUGUAAAUUCAGUGACUCUUCAAAACAUAACUUUGGAACUUGCCCAUUUUCUGGAAAUCCUGGAUUCAUCAUCAUUGAAAACAUUAGAAGUUAUCGAAAAUUUUCUAUUCGUCUCCCAAAACUGGCUCCAUGAAAAUGCAAAUGAUGAUUACUCCAAUAUGAUACAAACAUUAUUUGUUCAUAUGGCCAAUGAGACUUCAACUGAUGAUAUAGUUUUGCUGAUUAAAAAUAUUACUACCUUUUUGAGCUCUCUAAAACACAUUUUUAGAGAAGGUGUGUGGGAUGUUGCCUUUCUUACUCAUCUGCUAAAUCAAGAACAGCUAACUAAUUUCUCAGUUGUUCAGUUGCUUUUUGAAAGCAUCCUAAUUAACUCCAUCAAUAACUUAGCUGGCAGUGCUCAAGAAGCAGCUCCAAAUUUAAGUGAUCCUGACCUUCAAAUAAUGAAUUUCAUUAGCCUCACCUUGAACCAUAUGCAGUCAGAAACUGGUGGGAAAACAACGCUCCCUCUAAGAAGUGUAGUGGAUUUCACAGAACAGCUUUUGAAAACAUUCUUCUCCCUUUUAUCAAAGGAAAAAUCUGAGAACAAAAUAUCUCUUCUACUAAAAAACUUCCACAAAGAUCUUAUUACAGAGAUGAGUUUUGUGCCAAAAGAUAAAAUUCUAAAAAUUCUAAAACUGGAUCAAUUUCUUACCUCGAUGAAAGAAGACAGAUUGAUGAACAUUUUCUCAAGUUUAAAGGACACUACAUACCGUAUAUAUCAUCUAAUCAAAAGCUCAUUUAUAUUAAACAAUGGAGAAUUUUAUUUUGAUAGUCAUCAAGCACUGGAGUUCAUAAAAGAUUUAUUUAAUGUCCUCAGGGAAACCUCAAUGGAAAAUAAGACUGAAAACAAUUUGGACUUUUUCAUAGCAGUGAGUCAGUUGCUAUUCCACGUGAACAGUUCUGAGUACUUCUUCAAGCUCAAUCAGGAUCUUGGGUCAGCUCUUCGCCUUGUGAGAGAAUGUUCAACAGAGAUAACAAGUCUUAUGGAUACUCUUUUAAACUCUCCUUAUAAGGACUUCUAUACCUCAUAUCCUACCCUCCAAGAAGUUAUACUUGCUAAUCUAACUGACUUGCUUUCCUUUAUAAAUAAUUCAUCCCUUCUAAGAAACAGAACAACAUUAGAAAUUACUAAGAGAUUACUUGGUGUUAUUUCAAGAGCUGGCGAAGAAAGUUGUGUCCCAGAACCUCUUUUAGAAGUUUCUAGGACUCUGGACAUGUUUUUGAAUGACAGUACAGACCUGGGAGAUCUCGCCACAUCUGUGGACUCCACUGUGAAACUUCUUAAGCUGGCCAAGAAGGUUUCAGAGAAGAUCGCCACAAUUUUUGAAACUCACUUCAUCUCCAAUACCAAGGACACUAUGAAAUUUUUUGACACCCUCUAUUCCAUCAUGCAACAAAGUGUUCAACAUCUUGUGAAAGAAAUAGCUACUUUGAAAAAAGUAGAUUCUUUCCCAUUAGAAAAGAUAAAUGACUUGCUGAUGCCAUUUCUUGACUUGGCCUUUGGAAUGAUUGGGGUCAAACCUUAUAUAUCACAGGAGUCUGAUAUUUUCACUAUGUCACCUAGCAUACUCUCAUAUGUGAACCAAUCUGAAGAAUUUUCUGAUACUUUGGAAGAAAUUGCAGAAUUUUUAACAUCUGUGAAAAUUAACUUGGGAGAUGUGGAGAAUCUUGUGGUAGUAGUUAGUAAUGAGACUCAAAUAUUUUCUACGGAUUCUGUCAGUUUAUGGGAAGAAAUUCUGGAUUGCUUAGUUCCUAUAAAUAACAUCACCAACCAAAUGGACUUCUUAUAUCCUAACCCAAUUUCUACUCAUAGUUGCCCUCAAGAUACAAAAUGGGAAAUAAUUCAUAAAGUGAUCCUGCUUUUGGAUAAAAUUUCAUUACAAAACGGCACAGAAAUAGGGUCUUACUUGAAUAGAGUGAUUGAUCUCACCUUAGAAGGUCUUUGGAAUAACUUACAGAAGGAUAAUUGGAAUAUUUUUAAUCUGUUGCUGACAUUUACUCAGCAUCCAAAUAACCUUUUGAAAACCAUAGAAACAGUUUUAGAGGACUCCAGUGGAAUUAAAAGUGACUCGAGAGGUGAUUUGAGUAAAAGUUUAUUUUUUGACACAUCUUUGAUUCUGAAUAAAACUCAUCAUCAGCUUGAAAAAGCAAUCCAGAUUGUUUUAAGUAAAAUAGCUUUCUGGAGGAAAGGUCUCCUUCCACACCACUCUCGGUGGAUAAAUUCCACAAGAACUUUGCUUCAGCCAGUUUUUGAGAUUUUUGUUAAUUCAACCACUGAGAAGAAUGUCAUGUCAGAAAAAGAAAAGAGGAACAAAAAGGAGAUGAUUGAUUUUUCUUGUAGCUUCAAGCCGUUGUCAUGUUUCAAGAAAUACCUGAGGGGAUUAUUUGUAUUGACUAAAUACUGGCGAAAAACCUCACUAACAGAUCAAAGUGUUUUUGAAGUAUGUCAAGUUUUCCGGCAGCCUGUGAAGCUCUCGGGAACCACUGAGUUGCUGCAGAAAGUGAAGAUGGUGGUUUUGCAUAUGCUUGUCAUCUUUGCAGAAAAUCCCUCCUUGACCAAGGAAAUUUUGUGUGCCACUCUGACUUGCAAGCAAGGUGGGAUGAGGCAUCUCAUGUUAUCUGCUAUCCAAGGGGUCACUCUGGCACUUGACCACUACCAGGAAAUUGAAAACAUAUGGUCCUCGCCCAAUCAACUACAUUGUGAAGGCCUUAGCAGGAAUCAUUCUAGCAUCUUGGAAAUCUUCACGAGCAGCUUGGAAAAUGUCACUGACCAGGACUGCACAUGCCAGCCUGUGCUGGAAACCGUGCAGCACCACAUACACAUGUUGGCCAAAAGCCUGGAGGAAACUUGGUCCUCAGGGAAUACCAUGAUGACUUUUCUUAGUAAUUUCACAGUAACUGAGGAUGUGAAAGUAAAAGAUUUGAUGAAGAACAACACCAAGUUGAUUGAGGAGCUUCGAUCUUCCAUCCACCUCUCAGAUGAAACUAUUCAUAGUAUUUUAGAAGCAAACGUUUCCCACUCUAAGGUUCUCUCUAGUGUCCUCACCAUGGCUCUGUCUGGAAAGUGUGAUGAGGAAAUCCUUCAUCUCCUGCUGACAUUUCCUGAGGAUGAAAAAUCGUGGUUUGCCACUAAGGAACUCUGUGGCCUGCCGGGGUCACAAGUGUAUCCGCUGAUUGUGUUGAUGAUUCGAAACCUGAACCUGCGAUCUUUCAUCUACAAGACUCUGAUACCUUCUGAAGGAAAUGGCUUGCUCAGCUCCCUGUUAGAUGUAGUUUCCAGUCUCAGCUCCUUGCUUGCCAAAGCCCAGCAUGUCUUUGAAUACCUCCCUGAAUUUCUUCACACAUUUGAAAUCUCUGCCUUGCUAGAUAUGCCAGACUUUCAACAGGUUUUACAAAAUGCCCAGGCCCGAAGUUCAGCCUUUGGUUCUUUCCAAUCUGUGAUGAAGAUGGUUUGCAAGGACCAAGCAUCGUUCCUGAGUGAUUCUAACACAUUCAUUAAUUUGCCCAGAGUUAAUGAACUCCUGGAAGAUGACAAAGAAAAAUUCAACAUUCCUGAAGAUUCAA